AUGCUGUUAGGAGCAAUGGCGGGGGGCGUGGGAUACCGGGGCGGGCAGGAGAGCGACUGGGUGUCUCGUCUAGGGAAGGACCUCGUGGCCUUCAACAUGAGAGACGAAAAGGAAGGAGGUAAUUGGAAAGAGAGCGCCAAGGACCCGGAGGUGUGGUACAACAAGGUCGAGGACGGGGCGGCAUGGUUCAUGAGGAAAUGGCACAGGCAGGAGGCGGAAGCGUCCGCGAAGCGCCAGCGCGCGCGGGAAGCAGAAGCAGAGAGUACGACCAUCUCAGGACCGAAGAGAAAGAGAACCGGCGAAGCGGCGGUGGGGGGGAAGAAACGGCGAACGGGCACUGCNCUGGCUGUCUGCCCAUCUGCCGCCUCUUUGCCCUGUUUGCUCCGUUACUCCCAUGCCCUGGCGAUAGUGUAUUUGCAGUUUCUGCGGAUCCACCACUUGGAUCUACCCCACACAAGCUCGAUCGGGUGCAACUCGCAAUGGAACUUUGGAAGCAUGAGCGCAACCCCUCCGUGGCGCUUCAGGAGAACCUCUAGAUUAGAGUCGACGUUCGCGAAAUCCUUUUGCGCGCGCAACACCGCCGGCAUGCUCAUCUUCGGGGCCUCCCUGAUGGCCGCAUGGGCCUCAGGGCGAAGCAUGGAGGUCAUGGGCGUGCAGUGCGUGCACCGCUAGCUUGUUUUGUUUUCAGCCGUUGGGGCUGAUGUGGGCAAUUUUAUUAAAAUCUAUAUAAUAGUUUCUGAUUUUGUGCGGCAUGUUGUCAAAAAGGUUCGGAAAUGAAACCAACGCCAUAAAACAAAACAGAGAGAGAGAGCGUCAAUUAUCUGCAAUUUUUUUCGGUGGGUUCGCCGUAGUUGUCGAGAUAUGGAGGAUUCAGCGGAGUAAAGUACCUUCGCUGGCGAUGGGAAUAGGUCCAUAACUCCUAUCCAGAGCGAACCCACCGCUUUUGAAAGGCUUAUUCGAAAGCUACUGGCGAGAGCUUUCGAACGCACAUUUGUUUGUCGCCCAAUUAUUUUGACAACCCUUUCAAAAAAAUCACCCCGCCCCACAAAUGU